UUCCUCGUCAGUUGCUCUUACGGAGUUAUCUGAACUCCAAGUCCCUGAUAUAGGUCUCUUCCAUUCUGUCAUGAACAGUUAGAAAUUCGAAUAAUUGACGAAAAGUAUAUUGAUUUAACCACCCAGUGAAUACCAUUCUGACUUUAUUUUUGUUCCACGUAUAUCCGAGAGUGUCACAGAUGCUCUAUUUAUAAUCGUACAUUCGUAGAGUUUGAAGGCGCGCGCGCGGUCGGUGCCUAGUGUAUUUUCGCUAUUAUCCCCGGUUGUUCCAUCGUACCGUCCGAGAUAUGGCGAGCAUGAGUAUCCUCGCGGCAAAAUUUACCCGAUUACUGAAAAAAACGUGCAAUUUAUCAACAAUUAAAUCACUGAGGAGCCCCCAAAAUACUGGAAAGAUCAUCAAAACUGGGGCAGGAGUCCUUGCUGUUGGAUCAGCUGUGCUUUACGUUGGACAUAAAUAUACCAGGGGGAACGUCGUCUACGCAGCUCGAUCGCGCAAAAGGGACGACGAGCUUCAGAAGGCCGUGAGACUGACCGUGAGAGAAAGAAGAUUCAUAAAGUUUGCGUCUGUCGAAUACGAUGGCCAGCUGUACAUGACACCCCAGGAUUUUCUUGACAGUGUCGUUGAGUCAGAGCCGAGACCUCGUCAUAAGAGAAGAUGCCUAACAGACAAGGAACUGGAAACGAUAACGUACUCGACGCCUUCACUUCGCUACGGAGGAACGCACAUGUUUCGCACCAUGAGAGACAAAGGGAUAGUCUCAUACACGGAGUACCUGUUUUUGCUGUCCAUACUCACAAAACCACAAACUGGCUUCCGAAUCGCGUUCAAUAUGUUUGAUACUGAUGGUAACGAGAGAGUCGACAAGAACGAGUUCCUUGUGAUAAGAAAGCUGUUUGCUCGUGGACUGAAGGAUCGCGAGCUUGAUGCUGCUACGAGGCGAGCCUUGCGAAGUCUUGUUGCGCCAAGUGAGAAGGCCCUCGCCGUCAGAGCAAAACUCCGAGACAGUCAUCAAACAGAAUCGUCCCCAUCCUACUCAAAUUCUUACAUGGAGAGCAUUUUUAGCCACGCAUGGAGAGGACGUCAUGGUGGCCUCUCAGUGCAGAUUACGGAAGGCAAGAGAGCUAGGAACUACGAUAAUAUGCUGGAAGACGAAGAUCAGGGAUUACAACGUCGGAAUACUGUGGAUACGACGCUAAUGGUACACUUUUUCGGCAAGGAUGGAGGGAAGGAACUGAAGUAUGAAGGAUUCCGACAGUUCAUGGAGAAUCUUCAACACGAAGUCUUGGAACUGGAGUUCAGCGAGUUCAGCAAGGGCCAAGACACCAUUAGUGAGCUGGAUUUUGCCAAAAUUCUCCUGAGAUACACAUACCUGGAUAUGGAUGAAUACGAUAAAUAUUUGGAGAGGCUCCUGGACCGCUCGGAAGACAGCAUUGAUAUUACUUUCGACGAAUUUCGAAAAUUCUAUCAAUUCUUGAAUAGUUUAGAUGACUUUUCAAUUGCCAUGAGGAUGUACACAUUAGCAAAUCAUCCAAUAUCUAAAGACGAAUUUCUUCGAGCUGUAAAAAUCUGCACAGGUGCCAGUAUCUCCCAACACAUAGUCGACACAGUAUUUGCACUUUUUGACGUUGAUGGUGAUGGGCAAUUAUCUUACGAAGAAUUCAUUGCCAUCAUGAAGGAUAGACUACACCGCGGAUCUAAGUCUCAACCAAGAGGCGAGGGAUGGGAAGCCUUUAAGUACUGCGUAAAGCAGGAAAUGAAAGGACCUUAGGAUCAUCGGAACGACAGACCCAUCAUUCUUACCUAAAUCUCUAAUGCCUAUUUUACUUAAUGGUUCGCCUCUGUGAUAUUUUUAAACGCCAUUACACUGUCUUCUCUGCUAUUACAGAUGAUUUCAAAUAUUUAAUUAGUUGAAUUACCAUCAGCAACGUUUGAAAUUGUCAACCUUACAUUGAUAUAAGUAUUUUUCAUUUAUGUUUAUACUGUCAAGAUAAUCGAAGAUAUUGACCAGAAACACUGGUUUUCGUUCUGUAUUAUAUAGAUUUCUGUUAAAUAAUUGAAGUCGUAAAAUUAAACGCUCAAAAAUAUAGAUCUAAACAGUACCACCGGAGAAAA